CAGAGACGACAAAAUAGCACCUUUAAUUUUAACAGAACGUGGGCUGAAUACCAACGUGGCUUCGGCCACAUAGGAGGCGAUUUCUGGAUGGGGCUCGACUUUAUGCACAAGCUCACGUCCGGCGGAGACUUCCAUCUCCGCAUAAAUGUCGAAACAAAAACGGGAGAGGUUUUCUCAUCCACUUAUGAUUCAUUCCGCAUUCUACAAGAGAGUAAAAAUUAUAAGUUGAAAAUUGGAAAGAUCACAAAUGACGAUGGUGGUCCCGUGAUCAGUAAUGAACGCAAUAGAGGAUUCUCAACCUACGACAAAAACAAUGAUAAGAAUACACAGAAUAACUGCGCCUCAGAAUUUGGGGGUGGUUGGUGGUUUAAGUCAUGUUCGUAUUCAUGCUUUCUAAACGGUUUAUAUACUUCGAGUUUCAAGUGUGACAUUAAUGGUGAAAUGCAACAGCCGAUUAGGUCGUCAGUAAUGAUGAUUAAGCGCGUGUAAAAGUAAAUUCCUGUAUUUUGAAAAACCUUUUCAAAAAUCAUAAUACUGUACUGUAUAAGUAUUCUAAUACCACUAAAAGAUGCAACAUAUGUAGCUAUUGAAUAAAGAAUGAUCGACAGACAUAAAAGUACUGCAAGACACCUUGACAUGCUUGAGACAUUGAUAUUAUUCAUGUCACAAUAAAUAUCGAUGCCUUAAUCAAGUCAAAGUGUCUUGAAGUAAUUUCAUUUCUGUCCACUUAUCUAUAAUUGAGGCAUACUUGGAACUACAUAAUUUUUUUAUUAAUUUCAUAAAUCGUUUAUAGUAGAACCGAUGGACGCCCAUGGCUUAAGGCCUUACAGCCUCAUAUUCCGUAAAAUUAUAUACGUAUGAUGUUUUUUUUUCUCCCUAACGUUUGUUGAAAACUGACAGUUUAAGUAGCACGAUGCUUAGUCAAGUUCCCCGAUCAAAACAGUCGUUGAAUAAUUGUAUAGGCCUAAUAAUAAGCAGGCAUUUUGGAUUUUGGCGGCCAUCUUGAAUUUGAGGCAAAAUUCUUGGUGGCCUUCGAUUGAUCUUGAAAGAAUUUGGACUGAGAUAACAACAAAUCCACUGAAAAAACAUUUACAAAACCGAAUAAUUUGCUUAUAUCUCUAAUAAUUGUAAUUUUUGGUAACCAUUUUGGAUUUUGGCGGCCAUCUUUGAUUUGAGGCGUAAUUCUUGGUGGACUUUGAUUGCGUGAAAGGUUUUAGGUCUAAGGUCAAACCCUCUAAAAAAAAAAAACCAAAAAAACGUUGACAAAACUAAAUGAUAUGCUGUAUCCCUAAUGGUUUUAAUUUUGGCGGCCAUCUUGGAUUUGAGGCAAAAAUCUGGGUGGCCCAAGCUAAUUUCAAAUAGAAUGUGGUUAGGGUUAUAAAAUCGUUAAUAAAACCUUCACAAACAAAAAGGCAGUUUUCCUUGGUUUUGACCUUGAACUAAUAAUAAUAAUAAUAAUAAUAAUAAUAAUAAUAAUAAUAAAGAUUAUAAAGCGCACAUCUCCACUA